AUAAACCGACCGCUUUCACUUUCUGAUCACUGCACCCUGUUCUACUUUCACACAUUGUUCUUUCCAUCUCAACUCUCCCAGAGAUGUCCAAAGCCCAAGCUGCGUCUGCUGUUGAGAAGUAUCAGAAGUAUUCUGGCAGUUCUGGAGGCGAAGGAGAAGAAGAAAGGAAGUCUAACUACUAUGAUAAGUCAAAUACAUACUAUGAUGUUGUUACUGGCGCUUACGAAGCUUACUGGGGAGAAUCCUUACAUUUUGCAUCGAGAUGGAAAGGGGAAACACUUAGAGAGAGCAUCAAGCGCCAUGAGCACUUCAUUGCCAUGCAACUGGGCCUCAAGCCGGGACAAAAGGUUUUAGAUGUUGGAUGCGGAAUUGGGGGACCAGCAAUAGAAAUCUCUCGUUUCAGCAAGACAUCAGUUACGGGGUUGAACAAUAAUGAGUACCAAAUAAACAGAGCAAAGGAACUUAGUCGCUUACACGGCGCGGACCAGAUUUGCGACUUCGUGCAGGGUGACUUUAUGAACAUACCAUUCCCAGACAAUACUUUUGAUGCAGUAUAUGCAAUUGAAGCUACCGUUCAUUCACCAGAUGCUUAUGAAUGCUAUAAAGAGAUUUAUAGAGUGUUGAAGCCUGGUCAAUGUUUUGCUGCAUACGAAUCAAGCAUGACUACUUCCUUUGAUCCUACUAACCCAGAGCAUCAAAGGAUAAAGAAAGAACUUUUGCUUGGUGGUGGCCUCGUUGACAUCAGAUCAACCACGAAGGUUCUUGAAGCUUUAAAGCAAGCAGGUUUUGAGGUCAUGUGGAGCAAAAAUAUUGCAGAGGACUCUCCUAUUCCUUGGUAUUUUCCUAUAGACAAAAGUAAUAACUCGCUGAGUACAAAUGCUGUUCGACUUUUCAAAAGAAACAUGCUUAAGGCUCUUGAGUUUGUUGGAUUGGCACCCAAGGGAAUUACCAAGGUUCAAGCUUUUGCGGAAUGGGCUGCAGAUGGACUAGUUGAAGGUGGAAAGAAAGAGAUCUUCACGCCAAUGUUUUUCUUUGUGGCAAAGAAGCCUGCUGAUUGAGACACUGUGGGGGGUUGAAUUGUACUUCAGAAUAAUUGCCUUCUUAUAUAUUGCACGUACGUUUGAUGUCUGUUUUUCUGGCUUUUUCUUGUCCUUCCGAUAAUAAACUUGUGGUCUGGUCUUGGACUUUUGCUUGGAGUUGUACAGUUUGUAUUUUUCUUUUGGGUGUUUGAGUGUCGAGUUUGGAUUGAAACAAUAAUAUAUGGAAUGUUUGUGCUAAUUGUUGAGUUUGGUC